CACCCACCCACUCACAUGUCUUUUGUAUUUGUGGCCCAAUUGUAGUUCUGUGUUUUUUUCUUGAUAAAGUGAGGCAGGUUGUUCUAAGCCCAAGGGAAAACGAAGGAAAAAGCUGAAGAAGAAGAAGAAGAAUCAAUUGUCCAAAAAGAACAAGAAGAAUCAGUCCAAAAAGAAGAAGAAGAAACUAGAGCUUGGAUUCAACUGCAGCGUGGUUGGGUGGAGUCUGGAGUGUAUUCAAUGAAAUCGAGGUUGUAAUAUGGUGGUGGUUGUACGGUUAUCGAAGCAGUCCCAGUGCCUUCUCGGACCCAAGACCUUCGAUUAUGGCUUCCUCCUUUUCCUCCUCUUCUUCCAUCUCUUCCUACCUUACUCUUCCGGUAAACCCAGUGGAGUAUGUGUUUCUCAAGGUGGUCGAUUUCCUGCCUUUAAAUCAGAGGGUUACCCUCCCAGAAAGGGUCCCAAAGAUCUGACUCUUUGUCGGAUUUUUCGCAAAAACACUUGUUGUGACAUAAGCCACACACAUCCUGCAUUGCUAGCUGUAAGAAAACUUGCUUCUACUGGGGAAGCUGGGCAUGAGUGCUUGCACUUAUGGGAAAUGUUGGAAUGUGCAAUAUGCGAUCCACGCGUUGGUACUCAACCUGGACCUCCUCUUAUUUGUGCAUCCUUCUGCGAAAGAAUAUACAAGGCAUGCUCGAAUGCUUACUUCUCUAUGGAUGUGAAAACACAGCUGCUAGCACCUUGUGGAGUAAAUGACUUUGUGUGUGGUAGGGCUGCUGAAUGGGUCUCCAAUGGUACGGAUCUUUGUGUUGCUGCAGGUUUUCAAGUGAAACCAUCUGAUAUGAUACACGCUGCCUCUGAAGAAACUCUUUGCUAUGGUGAUAUGGCGAGUCUAAAUUCGGUUGCUGAUUCAUGGAAAGCUUCUCAGUUUGAUCUGACUGAGAAAGCUGAUUUCCAACAAUGGGUUAGGAAAAUCCCAUUCAUUGAAAGAGUUUCUUGGGCCAUAGGAGGGAUGGUUCUAACUGCCGGAUUGGUGUUUAUAAGCAAAAGAAAAAGCCAUAGCCAACGCCAUAAGCUCGCCGCUAUAAGGCGAACUGCGAGGAAGUUGGAAGGAAGGAUGUCAGACAAGCCUUCAAGCUCUCAAGAAAAUAGGAAAAGAAAUUGAAGAUAAGUAUUAUUGGCUUGUAUGUUAAGUUGAAAACAUAAGUAGUUUUGGUUGAUUAGCAUGUGAAUUUAUGGUUUCUUGUUGCAAUUAUCAAAUCGAAAUACCACUUUGCACGCUUCUCUAUUC